ACCUCUUUCACCUAUUGCUUAAUCUAAAGCACCAAGGCAUAUCAUUUUCAUAUCGCUUAUCUUCAUCGUUGCUAGUACUAAUAGCGAGUAACAUUAAACCAGCGAAUAAAAGGGAAAAAAAGGGAAAAUGGCCAGAAUUAAUCUUUACUUUGUUCGACAUGGUCAACGCUUGGAUCAAGUGGAUUCUACUUGGGCAGGAACUUCUCCUUGUCCCCAAGAUCCUCCCCUCACAGCUCAAGGCAAGGCGCAGGCUCGUCAAACAGGCAAAUUGAUUCGUGAUUUUGCAUAUGAGAGUAGUAGCGCCGGUAGCAACAAUAGCAAUAGGCGUGGUCGUGAAAUCUCUUUUGCUACCACCUCCAUUACUAGACAAGGUGUAUCCAUACCCGCAUUACCUUCACCGGCUAAAAAUAGGAAUGAUCCGCAGCAGCAGCAGCAAAACUAUCCACAAGUUUGGACACUACAACGACUCAGUCCACCAGAAUCAUCCUCUUUCAACCGAUACCAACCGCAGCAGCAGCAGCAGCAGCAGCAGCAGCAGCAGCAGCAGCAGCAGCAGCAGCAGCAGCAAGACAUCAUUCCGGAUUUGAGUCUGAAUGGCAGCGAAAGCAACAAUGGUCUCCCAAAAUCGUCAAAUGCCUCUGGGAGACAGCAGCAUUUUGCGAUUGUCACCAGCCCAUUCUUGCGUUGUUCUCAAACAGCUGUUGAAGUUGCAGUUGGUAUUCGUCAAGCCAGUAAGAACAACAGUAAUAAUGAAUGGCUUUCGUUCGAGUACGUUUCUGAGCCAGUACCAAACUCGAUCAUUAUCCAACGGAUGCAAGAGUUUGCUGUCUCUAGGCGCGACCAUGAGCAAUACUAUAACGUCGACUGGAAAUACCAGGCCAAAGUCAGACAAUUGCCAUCUUGGCCAGAAACUCGAGAGGAUAUGCAGUCUAGGCUUGAUCAGACACUAGACCAUAUCAUUCAAUUUUACACUACCGCAGCAGCUGGCGCGCAUCGAGAUCUAUCUAUUGUCAUUAUGACUCAUGCAUCCCCUGUCAAUGCCUUGUUGGAGGCUUGUCUGCAGACGCCUAUUCUAGUCCCUGUACCCAAUUGCUCCAUCUCCCGGUGCCGAUGGACACCUUUAUCUCUUACGGACGAUGAAGCUUCUUCAAAUGAAAGUGAGAGCGACGAAGCAUUUAUGUUCCCUGGCUCUACUCAGGGAGCCAACCUCCGUAAUGGACUGAUGCAGUCCAAACGCAUAGAGGUCAUUGCGGGGGAGGAGGGUCGGUGGCUGAUAGAUUAUCAGACUUACACUGCACAUCUGGAUCGGGAGCACCGUCAAUAA